CUACCAAUCAUGUCGUCUGUCGACAAGCUUUUCAUUCAAGGAUUUCGUAGUUUUUCUCACGAGUUGCCCGUUUACAUUCACUUCUACAAACCGGUCACCGUCAUUGUUGGAACGAACGGCGCCGGAAAAACGUCCAUCAUCGAGUGUCUGAGAUACGCGGCGUCCAAUGACAUGCCGCCAAACAGCAAGAGCUCAUUUGUUCACGAUCCGAAGGUGGCUGGUGAUGCAGUGGUUAAUGCUCAAGUUCGUCUUCAGUUUACAGACGUGAGUGGCGUUACGUACCUCGCCGUUCGCUCGAUGCGUGCAACUCAAAAGGCAAGGAAGAUUGAGCAGAGGUCAAUAGAUAGCACUGUGGAGCGGGUGGCUACAGACGGUGGAUCUAACACGAAUUUGACAUCUCGAUGUGGAGAUAUGGAUCGCAUGAUGAUUCAGUUGCUUGGUGUAUCAAAAGCAGUGCUGACUAAUGUUAUAUUCUGUCACCAAGAAGACUCAAAUUGGCCACUGUCUGAAGGCAAAGCAUUAAAAUUGAGAUUUGAUGAGAUAUUUGCUGCCACAAGGUAUAUUAAAGCACUUGAUGCUAUUAAGACAGCCAAGAAAGCACAAGACUCUAAAGUGAAGGAAUUUGGUACGGAACUCAAGUACCUUCAACAGGCAAAAGAGAAAGCCAAAGAGAUAGAGGAAAACAUGGAAGCAGCUCAAGGGAAAAUUGCCGUUGCUGAAAACCGUGUGGAGAAGAUAAGGAGCGACCUUCAACCCAUCGAAAGAAGACUAGAAGAGCUUGGUGGAACAAUGUCGGAAUUCUUUGAACGAGAGAAGGAAAUCGAGUCUUUGAAGGCCAAAAAGUCUCAGCUUGAAAACGAUCGUCGUGACUUGAGUCGUAGUACUAAGACUGUGUAUGAUGAUCCGCUUGAGCGACUUCAAGAAAAGCAGCGCAACUUGGAAUUGGAACUGCAGUGUGACAAAGAGAAGCAGAUACAAUUUUCCAAUCAGCUGCAACAGUUGAAUGCCAAAUUGCAUCAGUUGACGGCUCAGCGUAAUUGCUUGUUUGAAGAACACGGACGGCUGCAGCAGGAGUAUCAAACGCACAAACAUUCGGAAGAGAAACAUGACAACGAGAUCAGGAGAAUUGCGAAAGCUGUCGCAGUAGAAGAAGUUCCAGCACGUGGUGAGCUGAGUCGUGUUGUUGUUGAGAGGUUCUUCGCUUCAAUGAACGAGAGAAUUACACAGUUGAAGGAGCAGCUGAAUACUGCAAAGGAGGAGACUCAACAGAAAGAGCAUGAAUAUCAAAGUCGUAUCAACCAGAUUCGACACUCAAUUGCUUCUCAGGAGGGAACUGAGAAAAUGAAGAGGAAACUAUUGAGUGAGAACCAACAAAGACUGCGUGAAAUAAAUGCAGACUUGAGAUCGAUUGAAACAUCAAACAGCAAACUGCAGAACAUACAACAAGAUUUGAGGAUUGCUGAAACUGACCUUGAGCAAGCACAACGAGAUGACAGAUCAGAAGAGUUUAGGACACAAGUUGACAGUUUAAAACGAGAAAAAAGAAAGAUUGAUGAGCUGUGCCGUACUCUCAGUGAUGAACUACAAGCAAUUAACAUGCAGGCGAGUGCUAGAGGAGCAUUAGAAGCGUUGAGGAAGGAGAGAAAUGUAAAAGAGGAAGGAAUCAAGGAAAUAGAGUCACGACACAGAGAGGAGUUGCAGAGGCUGCAAAGGGAGUCAUUGGGAGCAGGAGAUAUGCUCUCAUUGUUGUGCAGUCAAAUUAGAGAGAAGCAGAGUGAAUUGAAACGAGUCGGCGAUCGAGUGAAAACGACAGCAACUAACCUGACAACCAUUCAGACUCAAAUAAAGAUGACAAAAGCUCAAUGUGCUGAAAAAGAGACACAAACAAAGAAACAUGAAGAUGCUGUUCGUUCUGUGUGUCCUGAUCUCAAUGUCCAAGCUGCUUUGACAAACUUAGAAGGAGAAAUCGUGAAGUCUGAAGAGACUCUAGAGCUCUUUGAUCAGGGUGAUAAAGUUUUUAAGAAAUUCAAGGAGAAACUGAAGACGAACCAUAAAUGUCCGUUGUGUGAACAAGAGAUGGGAGACAGGCUACAGUGGCUGAUAGAGAAGCUUGAGUCUAGAGUCGCCCAGGCACCAGCAUCUCGUCACAACCAAAAGAAAUCUCUCGAAAAUUUAAGGGCAAAACAGAGACAACUAGUGACUGCUCAUUCAUCACAACAAGCUGCAACAGGUUUGAGAAGAGAAAUGUCUGAUCUAAAGCAGAAGUUGAGCAACAUUCAGAGACAAAUGACAGACUUAAGAAGACAAGAGGAAGAGUUAAAAGAAGAGGAGGCGUCAUUGACUGCAGAAGAAACGGCUCUAAAGGAGCUGGAACCAGAUUUACGGAUGAUGAAACAGCAGAAUAAGGAUCUUCUUGACAUCCAGGAGAAAAUCAGAAGAGAAGAAGCCAAAAUAUCAGGAGAGAGUGGUAGAACGGCUCAGGCGGUUAGUGCAGAGCUGCAAGAACAACAAAUGGAAAGUGGACAAACAAGUCAACAAAUAGAGUCAAAGCAAGGCUGGAUAGUGAAGUGGCAGCAAACUAUAGUUCAAUUAGAACGACGAGUCAAUGAGCACAAAUCAGAAAAAAUCAAACUUGAAACAAAGAUGCAGCAGCAGGCACGGCUACUGGAGCAAAAGUCUGAACUAACGUCAGGAAAUGAACGACUUCAGAGGGAAAUACAAGAAUGCAACAAGAAUAUUCGUCCUCUGCAAAAUAACUUGCAGAAAGCUGAAGGCGAGAAAGCCGACUUUGUAGCUAUUAGCAGACGAGCAGAAGAUGAGAAAAAGACUCAGGUGGAUCACUUACUCCAAGAAACGUUAUCUCUUGAAAAGAGACAUAAAUCAAUCUUGAGUUACGUUGAGCAAGGAAGGUUACAGGCUUUGGAGCAAUGCAAUGCCCAGAAGGAGGAGAUUGGGCGACAGUCGGACGAAGUGGAGAGUAAGAAAUCGGAGUUGACGGAAUGUGUAGAGAAGCUCAAUAGAAGCAUCGCGUCGUAUGAGGUGAAACAGAUUGAAAUGGCUAACAAUGUGAGGCUGCGUCAGAUGAAUUUGGAAAUUGAAAGACUAGAGAAGGAAGUGUCCAGGUUACGUGCGAAACUCGGUGGACUCGACUAUGAUGGAGUAUUAAGAGAAGAGAAACGGUUACAAGAGGAACGAGAGAAACUUCGUGCUGAGAGAGCUCAUGGUGAGGGAAGGUUGAAGCAACUGUAUGAGCAGGUGAAAGAAUACCAACGCGAUCUACGGAGUAAGAUGUAUCAGGACGUGGUGGACAGGCACAGUCACAAACUGAUUGAAAUGAAGACUACAGAGAUAGCUGCUGCAGACCUCGAGAAGUAUUAUUUUGCGCUUGACAGGGCUGUGAUGCGUUUCCAUGCCAUGAAAAUGAAGGAAAUCAAUGAAAUCAUAAAGGAACUGUGGAUGCAAACAUACAGAGGUGGAGAUAUUGAUACUAUUGAGAUCAGGUCAGACGAGGAAGCUGCUGCUUCUAGUGGAGUGUCGACAUCUAUGAGACGGACAUACAACUAUAGGGUUGUUAUGAUCAAAGGCACAACCACAUUGGACAUGCGAGGUCGCUGUAGUGCUGGUCAAAAGGUUUUGGCAUCAAUUAUAAUUCGUCUUGCACUGGCUGAGACGUUCUGUGUCAACUGUGGUGUGAUAACUCUUGACGAGCCAACAUGUAAUCUCGAUCAGGCAAACAUCGAGAGUCUGGCAGACGCUUUAUCAGAGUUAAUCAGAUCUCGACUAACACAAAAAAAUUUCCAGUUAAUUGUAAUCACACACGACGAAUCUUUCCUCACAAUGCUCGCCCGCUCGGGAUCAGUCGAAUAUUUUUAUCGUGUGAAGAAAGACGACAAUGGCCAUUCGAAAAUCAUGCGACACAACUUGAGGGCAAUAGACGGUGAAGACCAAAGAGACGAAUUGGUUGCUACAGGGAGGAGGUAACGUAGUUAAUAUUAAUGAUGAAAAGUUUGUUACAUUAAGAACUCAAGAUGUUGAUUGUGUUGGACUAUGUAGCUAUUCUAGUGUUUCAUUUUGAUGACUAAAUUGUGUUAAGUUUGGAUUUUAGUUGCUUAGCAACGGCAGGUUUGGCUUUUUGACGUAAUAAUAUUGUAGCAAGUGAAGC